AUGCCUCCAUCCCUCCCACCAAACUACCCUCUCCACGCGGGCUAUCCCUCCGUGCCAACCUACCUCCACCUCCGCUCCACCUCCGGCCUGAACCCCCAAGAGCCCCGAGCAAGCAACCGCGGCCCUGAAGGGUACUAUAGCUGGUACGGGUGCUACAUCACCCACGCCUGCGACCGUUCCGCGCCUGGCAACAUCAACGCCAUCCACGAAGAGGACGAAGAAAACAUCGCCGACGUGGCCGUGCUACCGACGCACCAGCGGAAGGGACUGGGAGACGCGAUCGUGAAGCACCUCCUCCAGCGGAUCGAGGAUGAAGUACCCGUCACUGUCAGCGGGGACUCUGUCUGCACGUAUGUGACUUUGAUGGCGGAUGAGCCGGGGAGGAAGCUGUAUCUGCGCAAUGGGUUUGUGGAGUCGGCUCCGAAGUCGGUGGGAAUCAUGAUGGUGAGGUUGGUUGGGUGAGAU